CCGCCUCAAACUUCGCCUUGCCGGGGCAAAAGAAGUAAGCUUUGCGCUGGAUCCACCAACCGCGAUACUUGCCAUUUCUGGACAUGCGAUCAAUGUUAUUUUGAUCUAGGCGCCCAUUUGUAGCAGGCGCGCCCUCUCACGCUGGGUUUCUCCGGUUGGCCUCAACCACAAGCUUCCUUACCUCCCGACCGAGGGGAUACUGCUGUGUCUGGUUUCAACACCUUUUUACAGCAUGCCGCCAUUCUACGAACUUCAACUAAUCAUAUUUGUCCUUGUAUGCAUCGUCUGGCUGUUACUGGACCGCCAGCUGUCCGGUAAACGACCAGCUGAACAUGGCACUUCGUCAGUAGGAAAUACGGCGAUGGCUAUGACGAGGCUUGCCAAGCAGUAUCUGAUUGUGUAUGGCAUCGUUAUGGGUGCGGAUUGGUUACAGGGCCCAUACGUAUACUCGCUUUACAGGGAGCAAUAUCACUUCCCUGAACGAUUGGUGGCGGUUCUAUUCGUUACAGGCUUCUUGUCUGCGGGUAUAACGGCACCUUUGAUUGGUGCCUGGGCCGAUCAACAUGGUCGCAAGAGACUUUGUCUCGUCUUCUGCAUAACAUAUACACUCGCUUGCCUGUGUAUCCUCGUUCCUUACUUGCCCGUCCUUCUCUUCGGACGUUUACUUGGAGGCAUCUCCACAUCGAUUCUCUACUCGGCGUUCGAGUCAUGGCUUAUCUCGGCCUCCAAUUCCCUCGGACUUCUUCAAUCUGACCUUUCCACCAUUCUUGGACGUGCCACUCUCGUUAAUGGCUUUGUAGCUUCCGGCGCAGGGGUAUUCAGUAACCAGCUCGUAGGCGUCACUGGUUCGUUUGCUUCUCCGUUCGUCGCUAGUGCUGCUCUGCUUGUGCUAGCUUGGUUCGUCAUUCGGGGCCUCUGGAAAGAGAACUAUGGUGGCGUGGAUUCAUCGAAGGCGACCGUAUCAGCUGAUACUUUCCAACUGAGGCGAUUGUCGCAGGCUUGGAGAAUUGUAAUGAGUGAUCCGAACUUGAUUGUGCUUGGACUCACUCAGACCUGUUUUGAAGGGUCGAUGUACCUGUUCGUAUUCCUGUGGGUGCCAUCACUCCAGGAAAGCGCUGGACCAUCAUCGACAUCUCUACCUCUCGGCUAUAUCUUCUCAUGCUUCAUGAUCGCCAUGAUGCUCGGCUCCCUGCUUUAUACCACAAUCACCUCUUACAACGCGUCACGAGGUGGGGACAAUGCCCUGCUUCUCCACGCGAAGUUGAGCUCGCUCGUGUGCGCCGUGAGUGCGUUUACUUUCGCCGUCACUGUCAGUAGUCAGGACGAACAUGUUCGCUUUUGGGCGUUCUGUGCAUUUGAGGCGUGUGUAGGGAUGUACUAUCCUGUGCAAGGAAUGUUACGAGGUAGCCUGAUAUCAAAUGAACAUCGAGCCACGCUCUCGUCGCUUUUCCGCGUGCCUCUCAACAUCUUCGUCGUCGUAUCCCUUUUGACAGGCGUGUCCUCGGCACGAUACACCGUGCUUACUGCAUGCGCCUGCAUGCUAGGAUUCUCAUCUUUGAUGACCGGGGCAGUCAUCGUAAACAGGUUAGACAGUUCGAAUAUACCCAACGGAUUGCCCCACGUAGCAUAAUUGAUAUCAUCCGGUCGCAUGUUCAUUCGUUAACAAUCCAGCACAGAUACAGAUAUAGAAGCGGGCUUUGCAGGUCUUAGACACCCAUAAUACAAAUUGGAUAUUUAUGAUUACCCAUUCGCCCUCAAGAUCAAAUGUGACCUACGAAUGAACUCAAUGACAAUGCUACCAGUUGCAACACGUAGACAGUGAGGACACUGUAUGUUUGAUUAAGCACGUCAUCCCUAUUGAGGGACAGAAAUAUCCAACAAAGGGCGAAGGAAGUAGCGCGUAAUGCCGUGAUGGUUGUUGAACAAAAGAAUCGUCGGAUUCGUGAGGACUACCUAAAGGGGAGUCGCCGUUCCCCACGGCGGAAGACUCUAAGUAGCCGGAUUACCUUCUAGCUUGGUAUCUAAAACUACAUCUGACAGCCGUCGCUGGUCUUCGUCGAAGAAUUUGAUACGGGAACGUGAACUACUCCUGAGUUCCAAACUAUGAUCAUAAACAAUCGCCCGUCCUUGACGUAUCCUUGCAUAGAUUGUGCCUGUAGCAGAGGAAAACAGAUUGAGAUUACUACAUUGCUGCCGUCGAGGAUGAAAUCACUCAUCUCAGGCUGUCAGAAGCCACGACUCCGCAGUACACCUUCUCAACCUACCAAAGUGAUGGUAGCAUUCCUUCACUAAGGUACUAUGGUUCCACCCCUUUGGUAAAUGUUUUAAGUACCUGGACUGCCAAAAAAUCAGUUCUUGACGA